AUGGACAAAAGUUGGAUGAGUUUGGGUGAUAGACUUCUAUCACCUGCUUACGCUGAAGGGGUUAACAGUUUCCUUACAAUGGCACGAACUCAUUCCAUGGGAAGUGAUCGCAUUCGGUGUCCGUGCCGUAUAUGCUGUAAUAACCUCUUCUUACCUAUAUUUGAGGUGGAGUCGCACUUGUUCAUAAAAGGGAUAGAUCCAACUUACACUCACUGGAUAUUUCAUGGGGAGGAGGAAACACUCCCCAUCAUUGACGAUGAUGUUGAUCCCAGAGUUGAAAGUGGAGACGUGUACAUUGAUGACAUGGACCGUAUGUUCGAUGACAUACGGGCAGCCACAUUCGGAGAUGCUCCUGAAGACAACACAACAUCACCAACUCACUCAGCAAUACCACAAUCCUCCCCAUCCACUACUUUCGACCAACUAUUAGAGGAUGCCCAACGUCCUCUUUUUUACGGCUGUACAAAAUUCUCAAAGCUCUCGUUCGUAGUGAAGUUGUUACACAUUAAAACACUUGGUGGGUGGUCAAUCAAGUCUUUUGAUAUGCUUCUAAGCCUUUUGCGGUCAGCCUUUCCUAAUGCUGAAUUGCCACAAUCAUAUGAGGAGGCAAGGACAUUGGAGCGCGGUUUGGGUUUCACAUACCACAAAAUUCAUGCAUGCCCUAAUGGCUGCAUCUUAUUUUGGAAGGAAAAUGCUACUCUUAAUGAGUGCCCUAUCUGUAAGGCUUCACGAUGGAUGCCAAAUACACACGGCUCACGAGUGAUCCCUCAAAAAGUGCUUCGGCAUUUUCCUUUGAAGCCAAGAUUGCAGCGUCUCUUUGUGUCAAGCAAGAUAGCAGGUGACAUGAGAUGGCAUAAGGAGCAGCGGGUCACCGAUGAGACUAGUAUGAGACAUCCUGCUGACUCUGAAGCCUGGAAGACAUUUGAUCAAGCUAACCCCAGAUUUGCUAGGGAUGCUCGCAAUGUUAGGCUCGGGUUGGCAAGCGACGGAUUUAAUCCCUUCAACAAUCUGGCUAAACCUUAUAGGAAUGACAUUGAUGUUUAUUUGCAACCGUUAAUUGAUGAGUUACUUGAACUUUGGGAACAUGGGGUACCUACAUUUGAUGCAUCUACUAAGGAAAUGUUCAUGUUACAUGCUGCCUUAUUGUGGACAAUCAACGACUUUCCCGCAUAUGGAAAUCUAUCUGGGUGGUCAACAAAAGGGAAACUGGCAUGUCCGUCUUGCAAUGAAAGUACAGAUUCCAACUGGCUGAAAUAUGGCAGAAAACAUUGUUAUAUGGGACAUCGACGUCUCUUACCGACAGAUCACAUGUGGCGAACGAGAAAAGCCUUGUUCAAUGGUAAAGAAGAUCUUCGAAUGCCACCAACUAUGGUUGAAGGAGCGGAUCUUUUAACUCAAUUACAAAUGCUUGGAGAUAUUCACUUUGGAAAAUCUCGUAGGAAGAGAAGACGCACUGCGGAAGAGUUGAACUGGACAAAGAAAAGCAUCUUUUUCAAACUACCUUAUUGGUCAACUUUGCGGCUUAGACAUAAUCUAGAUGUUAUGCAUAUUGAGAAGAAUGUUUCCGAGAACAUAUUGGGCACUCUUAUGAACAUUCCCGGCAAGACAAAAGAUAACGCUAAUUCCCGGCGUGACUUAGAGAUCUUGGGCUUCAGAAAGGAAUUGCAUUUGAAACGUGAAGGUGAACGUGUUACAAUGCCACAUGCAUCAUACACAUUGCAUGGAGAUGAAAGGAAUAAAUUCUGUGAGUGGCUUGCUGAUGUUAAAUUUCCAGAUGGGUUCGCUGCCAAUAUCACGCAUUGUAGGGAUAUUGCAUUGGCUUUGACUGAACUUAGUAGUUUCUUCAAAGAGUUGUGCGACCGAACAUUAGAUGUGAAUCGCCUAUCAAAGCUUCAAGUUGAUAUCGUCACCAUUCUAUGCAAACUGGAGAUGAUAUUCCCUCCAUCUUUUUUCGAUGUUAUGGUCCACCUAGCUGUACACUUACCCCGUGAGGCCAUUCUUGGAGGUCCAGUUCAAUAUCGAUGGAUGUACCCGUUUGAAAGGUAUCUAGGCAAAUUCAAGCGGUAUGUUAAGAAUAAAGCACGUCCAGAAGGUUCAAUAGCGGAAGCUUGGGUUCACAUCGAGUGUUUGACAUUUUGCUCCAUGUAUCUCCAAGAUGUUGAGACGAAGUUUAAUCGAGCAGAUCGCAACAUUGAUAGUGUAGAAGAGGAGACUAUAGACGGGUUCAAAAUUUUCAACCAGAAACUUCGUCCCUUGGGUAUGGCUAAUAAUGUGCAAUUAGAAGUUGAACUCCAUACAGCAGCCAUUUGGUACGUGCUAAACAACUGUAUUGAGAUUGGACCGUAUUUAGAGGAACACUACGACAAAUGCAGGGUGUCAAACCCAAAUUCUGUAGAUCGCAUGCACCAAACUGAGUUUCCAAUUUGGUUCAAGCAACGUGUAAGUUAGCUUGCUAGUUAUCUACUUUGUGUAAUUAUACCCGACCCUGAUAUGACAAUAUCACUGACACUAUAAGUUCAUGAUAACCAUCCUGAUGAUCAUGUAGGUUUUGGACCA